AUGGCCUCGACCUCGGAUAAAAUCACCACCGCAACCUCGAUCCUCCUCCGUCUCUCUAUCUACGUGUUUCUGCGAUGGAUCGUACCCCCGCUUGCGACCGCUCUCACUGCCGUCUACGUCCCCUCGUUCCUCGCGAGCUUCUGGUCCACCUCGCCCUACCAGGUUGUGUCUGAUGAGAUCGACAUAAUAACCAAGGAGACGGUUGCCCAAGGAGAUGACACUCCAGAUGUUGCCGGGAGCCCUCAGGCCGGGGUCAUCGAGGAAUUGGAUGUCGAGGAGACUGUCACUGUCGAGGAGAAGGAUCCUCGCAUCUUGCAGACUCUCCUGACCGGCUGCCCGAGCCCCUCGUCUGCCCUAUGGAGCUGGGUUACCUUUGCCAUCAACGUUGUCAUGAUGGGCAUGAUGCUGGAUCUGAUCUACCGCGCCCCGGUACUCUACCCCCAGUAUGAUCUUUCCUUUGCACGCGUUGGCUACGUGUCGGACAAAUCGGCGAAGCUCCUGGUGCGUGAGCCGAGCCUGGCCAAACUACCCAUCUUUGUAUCCUACCGCUUUGCCGAUCCGCCAUUGAGCCUGGACUCCGGCCACCGCCCACAUGAUACCGCAUGGAAACAUGCCUCGACCAUUGAAUGGCUGUCCGAGGAGACGGACUACACGGCGGCCGUGGAGAUCGCGCAGCUCAGGCCGGACACCAAGUACCAGUGGGCCGUGUCGAACAACCACACGGGCUACUUCGUGACAGCUCCACCGGCUGGCAAGAUCUCGGCCAGGGACGCCAACCACGGCAAAUACACGUUCCUCCACUCCAGCUGCAUCAAGCCGCGCGUGCCCUACAACCCGUUCCAGCACCCGCUCUCGAUCCCGGGCUUCGAGCACCUGGCCAAGUGGAUCGACGCGCUGAGCGCCCACUUCAUGCUCUUCCUGGGCGACUUCAUCUACAUCGACGUGCCCAUCCGCCACGGCGCCGCCAAGGAGGACUACCGCCGCGAGUACCGCCAGGUCUACUCGGCGCCCGAGUGGCCCUCCGUCUCGGCCAAGCUGCCGUGGAUCCACGUGCUCGACGACCACGAGAUCGAAAACGACUGGGACCGCAACGUGACGGGCGUCUUCCAGGCCGCCUACGAGCCGUGGCGCCACUACCAGGUCGCCGUCAACCCGCCGCCCGUCCGCGGCGCCGCCUCGGGCGACACCUACUUCGCCUUCACCCAGGGCCCGGCCAGCUUCUUUCUGAUGGACACGCGCCGCUACCGCGACCCGGAGCGCGCAAAGGACCCGUGGGACCCGACAAAGAGCAUGCUGGGCCAAAACCAACUCGACGAUUUGCUCGCGUGGAUCAGAGAGUCGCCCGCUAAGCCUGGCGUGCGCUGGAAGGUCGUCGUCUCCAGCAUCCCCUUCACCAAGAAUUGGCGCCACGGGCCCUCAAAGCUCGACACCUGGGGCGGCUACCUCGCCGAGCGCCAGCGCCUGCUCGAGGCCAUGUGGGACGUUGGUGCUGAAGGUGGCGUCGGCUUCGUCGUGCUCAGCGGCGAUAGGCAUGAGUUCGCCGCCACGGCCUUCCCGCCGCCUGAGAACGAUGGCAGGUGGCCUCAGAGCGCGACGGUGCAUGAGUUUAGUACUAGUCCGUUGAGCAUGUUUUAUUUGCCCGUCAGGACGUAUGAGGAUGUUGGGGAUGGGGAGGAUGUUUGUUUGAAAUAUAUCCCGGACGGCAACUCCAAGUUCGGCGCCAUCGAGAUCACCAGCCCGAAGACGAGCGAGCAGAGCAUGCUGCAGUACAGGCUGUUCGUCGACGGCGAUGAGACGUGGAGCUACACGGUCACGACGCCGCCUAAGGCGGGUGGGAAGAAGAGCCAGGAUUCGCUUUGGGGGUAA